CUCUAUCACAGAAUGUCUCUGCAAUUUUUGACAAUCCUUCAGUGAAUCCACGUGGAAAACCAAUAACUUUCUAUUUGUAAAGAAAACUACAAAGAUUUUCCCGCUAAAAUUUCUCAUCCUUCCUUCUAGUGAAAAACAAUUUUCUUUUUUUUUCAUUUUCGGACUUUUGAUGUUUUCUGUGAAUUUUCCAAAUCACCCUGUGGUAGGCGUUUCACUCUUUUUGAAAUCUCAUUGACUGAAAGACAAGAACAAGAUGUGCUUGGGUUAGUUUUAGUAGCCGAGAGUAGCAGCGCAUUUACAGAAAAAGCCUCAGUUCUGGAAUUUCGAUGAAUCUGCCUCAGUUUGAGUUGAACCGUUGCAGGAGUACCAUCGCACUCAUUCUUAUCCAAAAAAACCAGUGUGGAUCUUUACUUUUUUCCUGGGUAGCCUCACCUGAGUUUCUGACCAGAUUAUACCCAUCAAACAUCUCGGCAAAUCCACCGUAUAGCGAUCAAAGUAAUUGAAUGCGAAAGUUUUUUGGAAAAAAGUGUCUCUGAUCGUGAUCAAGUGAAAACCAGCCAUUAAGGCGUGAGACAGUGAGGAGGCGAGAGAGAUUAAAAGACAAGAUAGAUCGCUCGCGGAUGGAAAAAUGCGUUUAUAAUUGGUGCAAUUGGUGUUAGAAAGACCCCCAAAGUGCAGACAAAGUGUCACGAAAUCCAGGGAAAAGGUCAUGAGUUUGGGACUUAAAAUGAAUUCAGUGUUGAUCUCAUUAGUGAUCCUCCUUAUCAUACGGCUGACCCUGGCCAGCCUAUCAGGGAUCUACGUGGACAAUGGCGUAGACCAAACUGUGUUGCAUCGCACCCUCACCCAGGAUGACCAACAGGAAGUCGAACAUGAAAUUCUUGAGCUUCUGGGACUUCCGGAUCGCCCAAGAAGGCGUCACAUUCACCCCUCGCUCAGAAAAUCCGCACCGCAGUUUCUCAUGGAUGUCUACCGACGCCUCAGUGAGGAGGGCGAACGGGGCAACUCGAGAACGGCCCGCAGCACUGAUGAAUUCGACAAUCUCAUCACGGAUCAGGAUCAAAUGGCCAUCGACCAGAGCGACAUAAUCAUGACAUUCUUGAACAAGAACCACCACGUCUCGGAGGUGCGUCAUGAGCGUGGUCGCCGGCUAUGGUUCGAUGUUUCAGAGGUGGCCCGAGACUCUACCCUCAUGAUGGCAGAGCUGAGAAUCUACCAGAAGCCCGGCAAAUGGAAGGGUACCAGCAAAACCUUUACCAUUACCGUUCACACAAUCAUCCGACUAAACGGUCAGAAAGAACUUCAAGUACUCUCAUCAGUGAAUACAACUGCAGACUACUUUGGAUGGCUUGAGAUGAACGUGACAGACGGAUUAGCUAUGUGGACAGCUGAUCCUGCCCAAAAUAAGGGUCUCUACAUCAGCGCUCACUCCACUGAUCGACCAGACCAUGAAGUCAAGCUUGAAGAUAUUGGAUUAGUGAACACAAAGGGAGAUGAUGAGUAUCAACCUUUCAUGGUGGGCUUCUUCAAAGGACAAGAAAUCAUCCAACCCACUCGUCAUACGCGACGCAUCAAGAGAAGUCCUUCCAAGAGAAGUCACAGAAGGAAGAGUGAAAAUCGCCAUCCCCUAAUAGAUACUAGGCCCAAUUAUGAUCACAAGAGUUGCCAAAUUCAAACUCUCUACGUCAGCUUCAAAGAUCUGCAAUGGCAGGAUUGGAUUAUCGCACCGGAAGGUUAUGGUGCUUUUUAUUGCAGUGGUGAGUGCAACUUCCCCCUCAAUGCUCACAUGAAUGCAACAAAUCAUGCCAUUGUACAAACUCUCGUUCAUCUUAUGUAUCCCUCAAAGGUGCCAAAACCUUGCUGUGCUCCAACGAAACUGAGCCCAAUCUCUGUGCUCUAUUUCCUGGAUGAGUCGAAUGUGAAUCUCAAGAAAUACAAGAAUAUGGUAGUGAAGAGCUGUGGAUGUCACUAAAAAUGCAAAGAGCAUGUCUCUUGAACUGGAAAAAAUUUAUUUUAGAGAUACUAAUGACGUAAGCUUAAUUCUGUAAAUACAGUAAAUUUAAUACGA